CAUCGUAUUGCGGGUAUAGUCGUGGUUAUGGACCGCGGUUUUGUUCCCCUUGAAGUCUUCAGGUGAAUAUCGAUGUUUUUUUGGUACCGUUCCGGAAGGAACACAUUCAAUACAUUGGAAACUAUAGGACCCUCUCCAAUUUCCUUGUUUACUCCAAUUAGGUAGCCCGGCUCUAUACAUUCGCCAUGCCUAGUGGAUUCCGCUUCCCCGACCCCAACGUGGCCACCCGUCAAGCAUACACCGACGCCAUGCUCAAUGCCGAAGUGCCCACCGACGCCAACGAACAAUGGGCCUCCAAAGUCAACUACCUCAAACGCCUCUACCGCCUCCUCAUCGACCACCCCGCCAUGGCCGAGAACAAAUUCCAAACCUUCAUGACGCCUGCCGCGUACAAGAACAAGGUCUACUUCAUCUGGGACUUUGUGGGGCGCACGCUGGGGAUGCUGUUGAUGCUGGACCCCAAGCGGCCGCAGGAGGAUAAUUUGGGACACUGGAGCGACGCGAGCGGGCGGGUGGAGUUCGCGAAGCUCUUGAUUAUGGAUAAGGGGCCGGAUAGCAAGCUGGACUUGAUGUGUCCGGAUGAUAGGGGGCAGAAGGUGGAGUUUGGUGACGAGAUCGAAGGGCUGGUGGGCGAACUUGAUGCGAACGUAGUAGGGGACGGACUUGCGAGUGCGCAUUAGAGGCAGAUCGAGGGACGAAAUCCAAGCAUCCGAAAGGGUUUUAUUGAACAGGAAUCUACUAUUUUUCCGACUUGGCCAGUCGGCGAGACUCGGCUGUCCUUUUUCUUGGUGUUGUCGGUUUAUUCAGUUGG